CAUGCAGCAACCUCUGGUGGUGCCGCUGCUCCUUCUCUCUGCCGGGUUGGCCGGAGCCUCGUCGGCCCUGAGCUCGGUCCGCUUGUGUGGGCUCUUCCCAAGAUUCCGCACAGCUGCGCAGGACUUCAAGGCCGACGAUUCGGGCACCCGCCGAUUUGCUGCCUUUGUGCAAGCGAUCCGCGAGGUCAACAACAAGACGGACGGCAUCGCCGACCAUUUGCUGCCGACGACCGAGGUCUUGUUUACACAGCGCGACUCGAGGCGGGACGGUGCGACGGCCUUCUUUGAGGCGCGGGAGCUGGCGACGUCGGCGUUCAAAGGGCAGGGCUGCGACGCAAUAGUCGGCGCCGCGUCGUCGGGCCCGUCGGCGCUCGCUGCGUUGGCGCUCAAGGAGUCGUCGACGCCGCAGGUCUCGUACUCGAGCACGUCCGCCGGGCUCAGCGACGGCUCGACCUACCCCUACUUUGCGCGCACCGUGCCGUCAGACGACUUCCAGGCGACCGGCCUUGCCGACCUCGUCCACUCCCUCUUUGGCUACAAGCGGAUCGCCACCGUCGCCUCGACCGACGCGUACGGCGCGUCGGGCAUGCUCGCGUUCAAGCGGCGGGCGAGCGCGCUGGGCAUCGUCACCCUCGCCAGCGUCUCCAUCACUGGCGGCGCGAACGAUGAGAGCGACUUCAGCGAGCAGACGGAAGCGCUGCGCGCGUCUGGCGCGACGGUGAUCGUCAUCUUCGCGGGCGGGUACGACGCGUCCCUCUUCAUCGAGAAGGCUUACGACGCGGGCGUGGGCGGGCCUGGCUUCCUCUGGCUCGGCUCCGACGCCGUCUCGCAGGCUUCGACCAUGGCGCGCAUCGAGGACCCGACGGGCUUCUUCGGCCUCACCCCGUCCGCAAGCACCGACUCGCCCAUCUUCCGGCGGUACAAUCGGAGCCGCAGCGCCAUGCCCUCCACGGCGGGCGACGGCGCCGGCAACUGCGACUUGGAGAUCGACGACGACGGGGUGCAGAUGUGGGCGGCGGACAACGACGGCAGCGCGAGAGACGCCGGCCGUGUGCCGAGUGCACGCAACGCGAGCACGCCGCUCGUGUGCUCCGGGUCGGACAACCAGCAGCUAGACAUCUACGCCAUGUACAGCUACGACGCCACCUUCGCCCUCGCACACGCGCUGCACAGGCUGGUCGAGCACGCGCGG